GCAAGGGGAAUGUUUGCCUUUUUGUGGCCAGAUGCUCGAGAGCUCCUCUCACUGGGCAGAAGCUGUUCCCGGUUGGUCCCCGGAAACACUGUGCUACAGAUGCCUGCUGGUUGCCAUGGUAAAUGAUGCUGAUCUGAAGAAGUGAAUAAUGUGAGCGCUGGGGCGACAGUGGGAUUACUCAGUGGUGAGAGAGACAACCAGGAGAGCCCAGAGCUGAGGAGGGAGAAGGCACCAUUCUGUCAGCUGUGGCCCACUCCACCUUGGAGGGCAGAGCUUGAGCCAGACACCCAAGCCUCAGAAUCGGGAUGAACAUCGAGGUUGGGAAUGUUUCUUAUACGGGAGCCAUCAUCUCCUGGUCGUCCUCGAAGCCCUGCCUGGAGGACUAUUACCAUAUAAUGUAUAGGCCCAACUGGAACAGCAUCUUCUCUGGCUAUCUUCACUACAGCUUCCACCACGAGGAGAAGGUGCCUCGAACCAUCAGCUCCGUGGUGCUGGAACACCUCGCCCCUUCCACCCUCUACUUCCUGUGCAUCAGCUGUAAGAAGGCGGCCUUCCCCUACAGGCCCAACUGCAUCAUGUUCCACACCCUGGAUAAGAGUCCACUGGCAGCAGGGGGGUCCCUGGUGGACCCCCAGAUCUCCCUUUGGGUGCUGAUGGCCAUCCUGCUGGCCUGCUUCACGGCUGUCUUGGCCUUCAUCUGCCUUCAGUUCUGGUGCAUCCGCUGCCAUGAGCCUCGGUGGUCUUACAGAGCUGGCCACAUGGAGGAGGCCAAUGGGUUGGUGAGAUGGCCCGAGGAGGCCCCGGCUCUGGGGCAGAGGGAGGAAGACCCGCAGGGGCUCCCACUGGUGGAACUGCCACGUAAGAACUCCAGAGCUGGGGCCGAACCCGAUGCUGAAGCCGACCAGGACAUUCCUGAUGCGAGGGCCUUGCAGAGGGAGGGUGGUGACCGACCCGCCGUACUGCCCCAUUGUGGGGAGUGAGGCGGGGGAGGAGAUGGCUCACAUCCUGUAGCCUAAAGCUUUCUGCACAGUAGGUCUUUUGUGAAAGUGUGUCUGUAGACUACCCAUUUCUUUCCCCUCAAAUGUCAGUGCUAUUGGGCGUCACCUGGGUUGGAUGAAUGCCCGAUGACAAAACGGCAAAACUGGGAAAUGUACACCCCAGG